AUGACUGCGAAGGGUGGGAUAGUGGGGAAACUUGACUUGUCUCUCUCUACUUCACAGAGAGCGGAGGUAGCAGAGAGAGAAGCAGAGGCUCUUCGGGAACAGCUGACGUCCGCCAACAAGUCCCUCCAGCUUGCCACACAGAUCCAGAAGGCCCCUGACAUGGAGCAGGCCCUGGAGGUUCUGUCACGCUCCAGUCUGGAGGUGGAGUUGAGCGCCAAGGAGCGGGAGGUGCUGCAGCUGGCCGAGGACGUGCAGAGACUGCAGGCCAGCCUGGCCAACAUCCAGGAGAAUUCUGCCUCGCAGAUCAGCCAGCUGGAGCAGCAGCUCAGCACCAAGGAGAGCUCGCUCAAGGUUAGCCCUGUCACACCACCAUCGUAACACUAUGAGGGCCCUGGUCAGUACUGUAACACUAUGAGGGCCCUGUCACACCACCAUCGUAACACUAUGAGGGCCCUGUCACACCACCAUCGUAACACUAUGAGGGCCCUGGUCAGUACUGUAACACUAUGAGGGCCCUGGUCAGUACUGUAACACUAUGAGGGCCCUGGUCAGUACUGUAACACUAUGAGGGCCCUGGUCAGUCCUGUAACACUAAUAAUACAUUGAUUUUACAGUGAGGGAAAAAAGUAUUUGAUCCCCUGCUGAUUUUGUAUGUUUGCCCACGGACAAAGACAUGAUCAGUCUAUAAUUUUAAUGGUAGGUUUAUUUGAACAGUGAGAGACAGAAUAACAAAAAAAAAUCCAGAAAAACGCAUGUCAAAAAUGUUAGAAAUUGAUUUGCAUUUUAAUGAGAGAAAUAAGUAUUUGACCCCUCUGGAAAACAUGACUUAGUACUUGGUGGCAAAACCCUUGUUGGCAAUCACAGAGGUCAGACGUUUCUUGUAGUUGGCCACCAGGUUUGCACACAUCUCAGGAGGGAUUUUGUCCCACUCCUCUUUGCAGAUCUUCUCCAAGUCAUUAAGGUUUCGAGGCUGACAUUUGGCAACUCGAACCUUCAGCUCCCUCCACAGAUCUUCUAUGGGAUUGGCUAGGCCACUCCAGGACCUUAAUGCGCUUCUUCUUGAACCACUCCUUUGUUGCCUUGUCCAUGUGUUUUGGGUCAUUGUCAUGCUGGAAUACCCAUCCACAACCCAUUUUCAAUGCCCUGGCUGAGGGAAGGAGGUUCUCACCCAAGAUUUGACGGUACAUGGCCCCGUCCAUCGUCCCUUUGAUGCAGUGAAGUUGUCCUGUCCCCUUAGCAGAAAAACACUCCCAAAGCAUAAUGUUUCCACCUCCAUGUUUGACGGUGGGGAUGGUGUUUUUGGGGUCAUAGGCAGCAUUCCUCCUCCUCCAAACACGGCGAGUUGAGUUGAUGCCAAAGAGCUCGAUUUUGGUCUCAACACUUUCACCAAAUUCUCCUCUGAAUCAUUCAGAUGUUCAUUGGCAAACUUCAGAUGGGCCUGUAUAUGUGCUUUCUUGAGCAGGGGGACCUUGCGGGCGCUGCAGGUUUUCAGUCCUUCACGGCGUAGUGUGUUACCAAUUGUUUUUUUGGUGACUAUGGUCCCAGCUGCCUUGAGAUCAUUGACAAGAUCCUCCCGUGUAGUUCUGGGCUGAUUCCUCACCGUUCUCAUGAUCAUUGCAACUCCACGAGGUGAGAUCUUGCAUGGAGCCCCAGGCCGAGGGAGAUUGACAGUUAUUUUGUGUUUCUUCCAUUUGCGAAUAAUUGCACCAACUGUUGUCACCUUCUCACCAAGCUGCUUGGCGAUGGUCUUGUAGGUCUACAAUCUUGUCCCUGACAUCCUUGGAGAGCUCUUUGGUUUUGGCCAUGGUGGAGAGUUUGGAAUCUGAUUGAUUGAUUGCUUCUGUGGACAGGUGUCUUUUAUACAGGUAACAAGCUGAGAUUAGGAGCACUCCCUUUAAGAGUGUGCUCCUAAUCUCAGCUCGUUACCUGUAUAAAAGACACCUGGGAGCCAGAAAUCUUUCUGAUUGAGAGGGGGUCAAAUACUUAUUUCCCUCAUUAAAAUGCAAAUCAAUUUAUAACAUUUUUGACAUGCGUUUUUCUGGAUUUUGUUGUUGUUAUUCUGUCUCUCACUGUUCAAAUAAACCUACCAUUAAAAUUAUAGACUGAUCAUUUCUUUGUCAGUGGGCAAACGUACGAAAUCAGCAGGGGAUCAAAUACUUUUUUCCCUCACUGUAUAUAGCGCUUUUCAAUACAAGUAGAAUCUCAGUCUCUUUAAAAAUUAAAAAUAAAAUAGGGAUCUGGCAGUUCUUGGGCGAUGGUCUUCCACAGCUUUAUGUGAUAGGCAGUUCAGAAAUGUAGUAUAUUGAGAGGAGGGAGCAUAGAUGGUACAGCCAGGCAGGGAGGUAGAGACAGACAGGCCACAGAGCUCUUCAUCGGGCACCUCAUCAUCUUCGAUAGUCACAGCUUCUCCUCCGUAGGUAGGCUAGUCUGGUCAUCAGCAAGGCCUCUGGUCAAUUCCAUAACAUGAGGUUAGGGGUCAGUUAGGAAGAGUAAGCCUAACUAUGUGCCAUGUAAAAAAAUAACCAGAAGUUGUCAAUAGUAGUUUAUAGUGCGUCAGUGUGCCUCCAGGUAAUGCAGUUAUAUAUUGUAUAAACAAUUGGUGGUUUGAGUUCUUAACGCCUACUGUAAGCACUACCAUUCAGCUUUAACUCAGCAAAACAGUAUUUUACAACUGAAACAUGUCAGGACCCUCUGACUAAUGCGUAGCCCUGAACCCUCUCUCCAUAAACAUCACAGUGGUUUUACUGAACUCUCACAUGGCUCUGCAUUUAGGACUUGACUGACAUGUCUUUGUAUCUGCGGAGACUGAACAGGCAUGUCAUAUCCAGUGAGCUUUAUGCACAGAGACUGAAGUGCUUCUCUAUCGGAAGUUGUCAUGACUUAGUGUAGCUACAUGGUAAUGUGUCUUUUAAAGAUUGCACAAAAGAGAAAGGAGUAUAAUUAUUAUGUACCCUUCUCCAUUUAUUUUUUUAUUUUUUUAUUUUAUUUAUUUCACCUUUAUUUAACCAGGUAAGCCAGUUGAGAACAGGUUCUCAUUUACAACUGCGACCUGGCCAAGAUAAAGCAUAGUAGUGCAAUAAAAAAACAACAACACAGAGUUACAUAUGGGGUAAAAAACAUAAAGUCAGAAAUACAACAGAAAAUAUAUAUACAGUGUGUGCAAAUGUAGCAAGUUAUGGAGGUAAGGCAGUAAAUAGGCUAUAGUGCAGAAUAAUUACAAUAGUAUUAACACUGGAAUGCACUGAGCGAUCUCAAAUGUACACAUGGUAAUACACUGGGACUCCUCAAGGAAACAUAUUCUAUACUGUGACUCUCCAAAUAUUUGCUUCCCAAUUCAUUGGUCCUCAUUACGAUAACUGUAAAACCACCCCUAUUUUUCAGAGUUGUCUCUCAAGUGUAUACUUUCCGUAAUUUUCCCCAGUGAGUGUGUAGCCCAUGCCUUGAAAUAGCUAAAGUGUGCUCUUUCCCUGCGCAUUGAGCCCACUUGAUUAUACACUUACUUUUACGCUCUGUCCUCCCAAGAGUACACUCCCCAAGUGUACACUUGCUUAAGCGCUACUUUAGUGCCCCAUCUUAAGAGAGUAACUAAGUGUCUCUCUCUCUACACAGCAACUGGAGGAGAAACUGCGAGAGCAGGCGGACUACGAAGACGUCAAGAAAGAGCUCAGGUAAUUCACUUUCCCCCUCAGUCUGCCUUCCCUCCCUUCAGCCACAGGCGUCAGUUCAAUAAACCAUACACAUUAACCAGGUCAAAUUCAUUCCUGCUUCCGAGGCUAAACUUGUGAUGCCACCGAGUGCAAGUAUGUGCCAUUCAGACACCCUGCCAAACCACCCUCAAGACUAUCAUUAACCUUUAGAUUUUGCCCUUGAAUGCGGUAUUAUUGGCUAAGCACUGGUAGUGCUUAUCAGAGAAGCUAGUUUGAUUGGACAGUGGGACUUUGCAUUCAACCUCUGUUUGCCACUGCUUUCUUAUCUGAUUGGAAUGUUUUGGGGUCUGGAGAUGGGAAGCUAACAUGGCUGUGCUGUACACUCAUUACAGGGGUAUGUACUGGAUGCUUUCUCCCCAAAUGUGGGUUUAGUGGCAUGCUCUUCUGAUCUUCUCGCUUCUUUUAGAGCUGCAAUAUGUAACUUUUUGGGCGACCAGACCAAAUUCACAUAUAAAUGGGAGUUUUAGAUCUGUCAUUCUCAAUAAAAGCAAGUCUAAGAAGCAGUAGAUAUGUUCUAUGUGCGCUGUUUCUAUGCUUCCCGUUCUUACGUUUAUUUUUUGCGUAAUUUACCUUAGGUUUUGAACACCAGCUUCAAACAAGCUGAAAAUACAAUAUUUUUGUUUAUUGAAAAUAUAUUUAACCGCGGUUUAGAUGGUACAAAAAAAGCCCUGGAAAGCUUUUUGUCACAUAAACUGAAAUUAGGUGAACUAUUAGAAUUUUUGCAACCAGGAAAUGACAGAGCGAUUUCUGCAUAUUGCAACUUUGAGUAUAGCUACUCUUAAGGACAUUCUUUCGAAACCAUUGAUUGCAGUUGUCAAAUAUGUUGUGUACAGUAGCUCGAUAAAUUGUUUAUAUAAAAAAGGUUGAAUAAACCAAGGAAAUCUGUUAUGAUAAAUGUAAUUUUUUAUCUUCACUCAUUAACAACACACGUCGUGAGCUUUAUUGCGCCAUAUUCAGUUUUCUAUGACAGUGGCUCGUAUAAGCUCUAGCAUUUCUGGUCUGGGAUCCCAAGACGACAGUGAACAGUGGUUUCAGUUUUUUGGUGUUGUGCUGCGUCUUAUCUCCGUCCAAGUCAGUAACAAGAAGGCUAACGAAGUUAAGAUUUGCCGAUAAGAUAAUUGGACGGCACUGCCCAUGUUUAGGGUACUCGGGUGGUUUCUUGCCAGGAUUUAACAAUCUCCACUCGUCUGGACGGCAGGGGCCGUCUGGACAUUAAUUUGGUAACUGGAUUUUCAGGCAUAAUAUUCCCAAUUGGAAGAAGUCCUAAAGGUAGUAUCAGUGAAUGGCUCUGUUUGUGAGAGUUUCUCGCGCCACUAUGAUGGUCAGCCAAAGAGCUAUUUGUGGGAAUUUGUAUUGAUAGACCGCCUGUGGUCCCAAAGGGAAACAUUCCUCUCCUAAUAGACUAAAGUGUCUUUUAUUUGCCUCCCAACCUUUUCAUAGACACUUUUUCCUUUAUAGAUAAUAUCGCCUGAAAUCCAAUUGGCACCCAGCACAUGAUUGAAUAACCCAUUUUAAUUACUGUGAUUGGCUCUAAGGAUUUCAUUGCAUUAUCAGAUUUUGAUGGUCAGAGCAGAGUGAAGGACUGCCUGUCGCUGAUGUAGAUGUUCUGUGGGGGCUGAUAGCAGAUAAAUGUCAGUCCUGUGGUGCUGUGUGUAUUUGUGAUCUCCUUUUUGUAGUGGGUGAAGUAAUAAAGUGGUCCAUUUCUCCUUUUUUACUUCACAGUAUCCUCAAGUCCAUGGAGUUUGGCUCUUCAAACUUCUCCUCAGCACAGGUAAGGAGGCUGAAUAUUGCAUUUGAGUUUUAUUGGGACAAUAUUUAGACAAUGUAUCUUAUCAAAAAAAUUUUAACAAUUUACUAUCUCUGUGUCAGGACUCUAAGAAGCCUCUGGAGUUGUUGUUGAAGAGUCGAGGCCUGCAGUCUGAGAGCUCCUCCCUGCGCCUGAACAACAGUGAGCUGAGUGGUGAGUCCUUCAAGCACUCUCACUCACACAUACACACACAUACACUACCGUUCAAAAGUUUGGGGUCACUUAGAAAUGUCCUUGUUUUCUAAAGAAAAGCAAAUACUUUGUCCAUUAAAAAUUGAUCAGAAAUACAGUGUAGACAUUGUUAAUUAUGUAAAUGAAAAUGUGUAGCUGGAAACGGCUGAUUUUUUAAUGGAAUAUCUACAUAGGCGUACAGAGGCCCAUUAUCAGCAACCAUCAAUCCUGUUUUCCAAUGGCACGUUGUGUUUGCUAAUCCAAGUUUAUAAUUUUAAAAGGCUAAUUGAUCAUUAGAAAACCCUUUUGCAAUUAUGUUAGCACAGCUGAAAACUGUUGUGCUGAUUAAAGAAGCAAUAAAACUGUCCUUCUUGAGACUAGUUGAGUAUCUGGAGCAUCAGCAAUUGUGGGUUUGAUCAAAAUGGCCAGAAACAAAUAACUUUCUUCUGAAACUCGUCAAGUCUAUUCUUGUUCUGAGAAAUGAAGGCUAUUCCAUGCGAGAAAUUGCCAAGAAACUGAAGAUCUCAUACAAUGCUGUGUACUACUCCCUUCACAGAACAGCUCUAACCAGAAUAGAAAGAGGAGUGGGAGGCCCCGGUGCACAACUGAGCAAGAGGACAAAUACAUUAGUGUCUAGUUUGAGAAACAGACGCCUCACAUGUCCUCAACUGGCAGUUUCAUUAAAUAGUACCCGCAAAACACCAGUCUCAACGUCAACAGUGAAGAGGCAACUCCGGGAUGCUGACCUUCUAUGCAGAGUUGCAAAGAAAAAGCCAUAUCGCAGACUGGCCAAUAAAAAGAAAAGAACACAGACACUGGACUUUUUCUUUGCAACUCUGCCUAGGUCAGCAUCCCGGAGUCGCCUCUUCACUGUUGACGUUGAGACUGGUGUUUUGUGGGUACUAUUUAAUGAAGCUGCCAGUUGAGGACUUGUGAGGCGUCUGUAGUACACAGCGUUGUACGAGAUCUUCAGUUUCUUGGCAAUUUCUCGCAUGGAAUAGCCUUCAUUUCUCAGAACAAGAAUAGACUGACGAGUUGCAGAAGAAAGUUAUUUGUUUCUGGCCAUUUUGAGCCUGUAAUCGAACCCACAAUUGCUGAUGCUCCAGAUACUCAACUAGUCUCAAGAAGGACAGUUUUAUUGCUUCUUUAAUCAGCACAACAGUUUUCAGCUGUGCUAACAUAAUUGCAAAAGGGUUUUCUAAUGAUCAAUUAGCCUUUUAAAAUUAUAAACUUUGAUUAGCAAACACAACGUGCCAUUGGAACACAGGACUGAUGGUUGCUGAUCAUGGGCCUCUGUACGCCUAUGUAGAUAUUCCAUAACAAAUCAGCCGUUUCCAGCUACAAUAGCCAUUUACAACAUUAACAAUGUCUACACUGUAUUUCUGAUCAAUUUGAUGUUAUUUUAAUGGACAAAAACAUUGUUUUCUUUCGAAAACAAGGACAUUUCUAAGUGACCCCAAACUUUUGAACGGUAGUGUACAUAGACACACACAUACGCACAUGCGCACACAUUAUUUAUUUAGAUUACUUAUCAAUCAGACAUCUGUUGUGGACUAUGUAGUGUUUGUUUGCCAACUUGAACUUGCUAACUGACCAAGUUGAACAUUAGUGUUCACCAUUUUUAGUUGUUUAAAUCUCCUUAAAGCUGAGAUCCGCAUUAGAGGAAACUGCGCCACUGGCCGCCCCAGGCGUUUUUGUUUUGUUUAUUAAACGGAGAAGAGGAGCUUCAGCAUCGUGGUAAAAAGCAAUCGUAGUACAUAGUCUGCUGUUCUAUUGCGCGUGCAUUGAUGUCAAAGGGGGGAAAACUGUGUUUGACUUCAACUUGAACCAGUAUCAGAGCAGCCAAUCUGUUAUCAGCAGAAUUAUUUUGUGAUAUGCAUGUAGACACGACCACAAAGUCAACUCCUGGUGUGAACUGCCCCCUGUCAAGGUCUUAUUCAUGGUCUGGAACAGAACAGGCUUCGUAAGCACUGAUAGGGUUGUUUCCAAAGAGGGGGCUGAUGUUUGGUUAAACUCAUUGAGCCUAAUUCAGUGAUGCACAGAGCCCUAGCAUUCCACCAUUGAUCUCUGAGCCCUUUGCCAGCUCUUUCAAUCGCAUACCCCACAUUCAGCUGCCUUACACAGGCCCAUAGACGCACAGUCAUACACUCACACAAACUCACAAACUUAAUGGCUUUUCGUCUGUUAAGUCUCAAUGUCUAGAAUCCUGAGAUUCAAGGAUAUCUGUCAUGAAGAGCUUUUUGAAAGUGUAAACAUUGUCUGAGCGGAAGUUACCCCAGACCAGAAUGUAAUAUGGAGUAAAAGUCCCUCACCAUUAGCCUUCAUCAGAGCGUGGGCAUGUGCCUCUGUGUGUGUGCCAGGGUGCUUCAAACUUAAAAGGACACACAGUCCUUUUGUUAAUUUUCUGUCAGUCGCCUAGAGGGGUUAUAGACAGGAAGUAAAGUAGUCAAACAGGAAGCAGCUCCAGCUAUCUCCGCCAGCAGAAGAGACUGUUAGACUCAAAGGAAAGACGGUUAUCUCUCGAGGAGCUUUUUCUUUUUUACAAAUAUAGACACACUUCUAAACAAUGUGUCAACUGUUUCCAUUGGCAUGCUCCCGCGUUUGAUACAAAAAAACAAAACAAAAAAAUGUAAAUGUAUAAUGGAGUUGAAUUGAAGCGUUUCGAUGCUGACAGUCGUCUCACACCAUUAAGACUGAAGUGCUGCUGCUUUCUCAGCGCGGCACUCAUCUUGUCUUGAUCCUCGAUUUAUCUAAUUCAGAGAAUCAGCCCUUUAAGCAGGUCGAUUUGAGAUAAAGUGUAACAUUCUCUGUGCUACAUUUCAAAAGGAUCACUGCUUGAGGUUUCUUGUUAUAUCUCCAUUUAUCUAAAGGCCUUGACUUUACAUCUGUUACCCGAAGUUCUACUCAGACUCUGGGGAUGAAAAGAUUGGAGACUUGGUAUAUAAUAUCAACCUUUUGGUCCUAGUUUAACACCUGCUGGUGUUCAGUCUGCCUUUUUUCCAGUUGAAGAACAAUAAGUGUCUUCUACUUCAGAGAGCUUUAGCUUUCUGUUCUAAGUUUCUCCCUAAAGUAGAUUUGACCCUAAACUCAAAUGAUUUGACCUCUCCAAAAAUUACCUAACCACACCACAGGUUAGGGGGCUAUAACUACACAAACAGGUACCGACCAUGGCUAGUGUUUGGAAGCUACAUCUCAUCUUUACGGGUUAAGGUCAGUAUUUUUUUUGCUUUCCAGGGCUUUUUUGGUAGCGCAUCUGCGCCCACACAGAUUGCAGUUGUGUGUCGGAAGGGUGGGGGUAGUGGAGGGGCACAGUGCAGCCCACCCUGGGCGAGGAGGAGAGGGGGGCCAAGGGAGGUCAGAGGCUGGAGGACAUGGAGUGAUCCAGUAUGCUAAUGAAGCCCUGUUAGUCUCUCCUCCCAGUGUGCCCUUUACCACUCAGUGCACUUGGUCGCUCCGGAAAUGUCAUCCCAAUUGGCUUCAGGUCUCCCCCCUCCCUCCUCUGCCCUCGAAAAUUAAGCCUUUCAUUUGUAUUCCUAAUGGGACCCCUCGCUGUCCAACCGGAUCAUGUUGAUGUAAAACCAAAGGCGCUGUUUGGCUACAGGUUGGACCGGCGUUCUACUUAGUUACUUCCUAAUGUGAUUUUCGAUGAAUUCAUGUUAAUGAUUGUACAUUUACAGUGGGGGAAAAAAGUAUUUAGUCAGCCACCAAUUGUGCAAGUUCUCCCACUUAAAAAGAUGAGAGAGGCCUGUAAUUUUCAUCAUAGGUACACGUCAACUAUGACAGACAAAAUGAGGAAAAAAAUUCCUGAAAAUCACAUUGUAGGAUUUUUAAUGAAUUUAUUUGCAAAUUAUGGUGGAAAAUAAGUAUUUGGUCAAUAACAAAAGUUUCUCAAUACUUUGUUAUAUACCCUUUGUUGGCAAUGACACAGGUCAAACGUUUUCUGUAAGUCUUCACAAGGUUUUCACACACUGUUGCUGGUAUUUUGGCCCAUUCCUCCAUGCAGAUCUCCUCUAGAGCAGUGAUGUUUUGGGGCUGUCGCUGGGCAACACGGACUUUCAACUCCCUCCAAAGAUUUUCUAUGGGGUUGAGAUCUGGAGACUGGCUAGGCCACUCCAGGACCUUGAAAUGCUUCUUACGAAGCCACUCCUUCGUUGCCCGGGCGGUGUGUUUGGGAUCAUUGUCAUGCUGAAAGACCCAGCCACGUUUCAUCUUCAAUGCCCUUGCUGAUGGAAGGAGGUUUUCACUCAAAAUUUCACGAUACAUGGCCCCAUUCAUUCUUUCCUUUACACGGAUCAGUCGUCCUGGUCUCUUUGCAGAAAAACAGCCCCAAAGCAUGAUGUUUCCACCCCCAUGCUUCACAGUAGGUAUGGUGUUCUUUGGAUGCAACUCAGCAUUCUUUGUCCUCCAAACACGACGAGUUGAGUUUUUACCAAAAAGUUAUAUUUUGGUUUCAUCUGACCAUAUGACAUUCUCCCAUUCCUCUUCUGGAUCAUCCAAAUGCACUCUAGCAAACUUCAGACGGGCCUGGACAUGUACUGGCUUAAGCAGGGGGACACGUCUGGCACUGCAGGAUUUGAGUCCCUGGCGGCGUAGUGUGUUACUGAUGGUAGGCUUUGUUACUUUGGUCCCAGCUCUCUGCAGGUCAUUCACUAGGUCCCCCCGUGUGGUUCUGGGAUUUUUGCUCACCGUUCUUGUGAUCAUUUUGACCCCACGGGGUGAGAUCUUGCGUGGAGCCCCAGAUCGAGGGAGAUUAUCAGUGGUCUUGUAUGUCUUCCAUUUCCUAAUAAUUGCUCCCACAGUUGAUUUCUUCAAACCAAGCUGCUUACCUAUUGCAGAUUCAGUCUUCCCAGCCUGGUGCAGGUCUACAAUUUUGUUUCUGGUGUCCUUUGACAGCUCUUUGGUCUUGGCCAUAGUGGAGUUUGGAGUGUGACUGUUUGAGGUUGUGGACAGGUGUCUUUUAUACUGAUAACAAGUUCAAACAGGUGCCAUUAAUACAGGUAACGAGUGGAGGACAGAGGAGCCUCUUAAAGAAGAAGUUACAGGUCUGUGAGAGCCAGAAAUCUUGCUUGUUUGUAGGUGACCAAAUACUUAUUUUCCACCAUAAUUUGCAAAUAAAUUCAUUAAAAAUCCUACAAUGUGAUUUUCAGGAUUUUUUUUCUUCUCAAUUUGUCUGUCAUAGUUGACGUGUACCUAUGAUGAAAAUUACAGGCCUCUCUCAUCUUUUUAAGUGGGAGAACUUGCACAAUUGGUGGCUGACUAAAUACUUUUUUCCCCCACUGUAUACAGUGUUAUCAGUUUUAUGAUAAUAACUCAAUUUUGUAUGCCUGAUGAUCUGUGUACCAUGGCCUCUUUUGCAGUGGUGUUGAGCCUAUGACUAUACCUAACAUGAAUCAAAGCUCACAAGGAAAAGUAUGUAUAAAGAGCAAAUAUUGCUUGGCAGUCAUUGUUUAUAAUUGCUGUACAGUACAUGUGUAAGUUUUGCUACUGUUCCCACACUCUGAUGUAUACACCACAGGCACACACACCACUGAUGUUAAUCCACCCUGAAAUAUGGGAAUCCCAAAGCUACCUUGAGUGAGUGGUGGCCUGGAGAUGGUGAUAUGCAGGGGCAGGGGCAAGAAGGUUAGGCAGGGCAUACACCACACAGCAGGUAACCUAGGCAGCUCUCUGCCUCUGUCCAUAUCUUGUGACAUGCCUGCCAGACGCUUCCCUUCACUACUGCUCAGUGUCCCUCCACAGCCAGAAGCCCUACUGGCAAAUUCGCACAAUGAAUCAGUGCAUCUCCACUCUAAGGUUAUGCUACUCCACUGGAGUUCACUGUACCCCCAACAUCUCUCACUACUGGGUGUGAUGAAUCUUGUGUACUUGUGCUUAGAUGUUGUUUUGUCUAGAUAAUUUGUUUGUUAUUUUGGACUCGUUUUGUUGACGCCACAUUAUGUAUUGAUCUGUGUCAUGUUUUGUCUGGUCUCACAGGUGUGAGGGAGCGAAAGGUCAAAGAAUCGUCAGAGGGUCAACAGCGUCUUCCCGCCACGCCCAUGGGUACCAACUUGCAGGGCUCCCCUCCCCCUCCCUCCUCUCAACUCCUCCUGCGCACUGGCUCAGGUGGUUCCUCCGACACCACCCCUGUCACCACCGCCAAUGGCACGCACCACUUCUCGCCCGCGGGUGGCGGGCUGGGCGGGCAGGACUUCUUCAGCCCCUCCUCGCUGGCGUCAGCAGGCACCGCUUUCCCCCUGGCGGGUAAGGUGUCGCUCAACUCCCUGCUGCAGCGCCAGCUCAUGCAGACCUUCUACUCCAAAGCCCUGCAGGACUCAGUGUCUGGCCAGGCCCUGCUCUUCUCCCCCGCCCACUACCCAACCCCUAACUCCCUCUCAGCCAGUCCUCUGCCGCCCCAUCAGUCUUUGCAGUCGCAAUCCCAGCACCAGUCGGCGGGCAGCCCAGACGUUAACGGCCUAGCCCCCUCGCCCAGCCAGUCAGAGGGGGCAGGGAGUGUCUCGGAAGGUGAAGAAAUGGACACGUCUGAGAUAGCGCGUCAGGUCAAGGAGCAGCUGAUCAAGCACAACAUCGGGCAGAGGAUCUUCGGCCACUACGUGCUGGGGUUGUCCCAGGGUUCGGUCAGUGAGAUAUUGGCUAGGCCCAAGCCCUGGAGCAAGCUGACCAUCAGGGGCAAGGAGCCCUUCCACAAGAUGAGGCAGUUCCUAUCUGACGAGCAGAACAUCUUGGCACUGCGCAGCAUCCAGGGGAGGCAGAGAGGUGAGACUGACAGAAAUGUAUACACACACACACUUCACACAUCAACUGCUCUCACCCAGACAUACAGAAACUUACAGUACAUAGACAUAUCUGAGCUUGUAUCACUCUGUUUUCUCACAUACACACUUAGCUGAGCAUGUCACAUAUAAUUUACAUACAUAUUAUAGUGAUGUCUCUGCCUCCAGAUGCUUUGCAUCACACAUCAAGUUCCAGGUGAGAAAUUUGACAGCUGUAUUUCUGAUGUGUAUAGUAGAAAGGCCUCGUGUUCUGUUUCUGUGUUACAGUAGCUUCAGUGAGGUCCUGCUAUGCUCUCCCACAAAACUCUGUACCCAACUCAACAGGAAAAGGGGUGCUGAAUGGUACAUUGAAUGUUGUCAGACACACGAUUCAGAUUAGAAAAAGACAAACUUCAGCAGGUCAAAUCAAAUCAAAUUGUAUUGGUCACAUACACAUAUUUAGCAGAUGUUAUUGCGGGUGUAGCGAAAUGCUUGUGUUCCUAGCUCCAGCAGUGAAGUAAUAUCUAACAAUUCACAACAAUACACACAAAUCUAAAAGAAAAAUAAUUGAAUUAAGAAAUAUAUAAAUAUUAAGACGAGCAAUGUUGGAGUGGCAUUGACUGAAAUACAGUAGAAUAGAAUACAGUAUAUACAUAUGAAAUUAGUAAAGCAGUAUGUAAACAUUAUUAAAUUGACUAGUGUUCCAUUAUUAAAGUGACCAGUGAUUCCAUGUCUAUGUAUAUAGGGCAGCAGCCUCUAAGGUGCAGGGUUGAGUAACCGGGUGGUAGCUGGCUAGUGAUGGCUAUUUCACAGUCUGAUGGAAGCUGUUUUUCAGUCUCUCGGUCCCAGCUUUGAUGCACCUGUACUGACCUUCCUGUGACAUUGGGUGCUGUAGAUGUCCUGGAGGGCAGGCAGUGUGCCCCUGAUGAUGCUUUGGGCAGACGCACCACCCUCUGGAGAGCCCUGCGGUGCAGUUGCCGUACCAGGCGGUGAUACAGCCCGACAGGAUGCUCUCAAUUGUGCAUCUUUAAAAGUUUGUGAGGGUCUUAAGGGCCAAGACAAAUUUAUUCAGCCUCCUGAGGUUGAAGAGGUGCUGUUGUGCCUUCUUCACCACACUGUCUGGGUGGGUGGACCAUUUCAGAUUGUCAGUGAUGUGUACACCGAGGAACUUGAAGCUUUCCACCUUCUCCACUGCGGUCCCGUCAAUGUGGAUAAGGGCGUGCUCCCUCUGCUGUUUCCUGAAGUCCACGAUGAGCUCCUUCAUUUUGUUGACGUUGAGUGAGAGGUUAUUUACCUGGCACCACUCCACCAGGGCCCUCACCUCCUCCCUGUAGGCUGUCUCGUCAUUGUUGGUAAUCAGGCCUACUAUGGUUGUGUCGUCUGCAAACUUGAUGAUUGAGUUGGAGGCAUGUGUGGCCACGCAGUCAUGGGUGAACAGGGAGUACAGGAGGGGGCUGAGCACGCACACUUGUUGGGCCCCUGUGUUGAGGAUCAGUGAAGUGGAGGUGUUGUUUCCUACCUUCACCACCUGGAGGCGGCCCGUCAGGAAGUCUAGGACCCAGUUGCACAGGGCGGGAUUCAGACACAGGUCCCCGAGCUUGAUGAUGGGCUUGCAGGGUACUAUGGUGUUGAAGGCUGAGCUAUAGUCAAUGAACGGCAUUCUUACAGAGGUAUUCCUCUUGUCCAGAUGGGAUAGGGCAGUGUGCAGUGCAAUGGCGAUUGCAUCGUCUGUGGAUCUAUUGGGGCGGUAAGCAAAUUGAAGUGGGUCUAGGGUGUCAGGUAAGGUAGAGGUGAUAUGAUCCUUAACUAGCCUCUCAAAGCACUUCAUGAUGACAGAAGUGAGUGCUACGGGGCGAUAGUCAUUUAGUUCAGUUACCUUUGCUUUCUUGGGUACAGGAACAAUGGUGGACAUCUUGAAGCAAGUGGGGACAGCAGACUGGGAUAGGGAGAGAUUGAAUAUGUCCGUAAACACUCCAGCCAACUAGUCUGCGCAUGCUCUGAGGACGCGGCUAGGGAUGCCGUCUGGGCCGGCAGCCUUGUGAGGGUUAACACGUUUAAAUGUCUUACUCACGUCGGCCACGGAGAACGAGAGCCCACAGUUCUUGGGAGCGGGCCGCGUCGAUGGCACUGUGUUAUCCUCAAAGCGGGCGAAGAAGGUGUUUAGCUUGUCUGGGAGCAAGACGUCAGUGUCCGCGACGUGGCUGGUUUUCCCUUUGUAAUCUGUGAUUGUCUGUAGACCCUGCCACAUACGUCUCGUGUCUAAGCCGUUCAAUUGCGACUCCACUUUGUCUCUGUACUGACAUUUUGCCUGUUUGAUUGCCUUACGGAGGGAAUAGCUACACUGUUUGUAUUCAACCAUAUUCCCAGUCACCUUGCCAUGGUUAAAUGCGGUGGUUCGCGCUUUCAGUUUUACUCGAAUGCUGCCAUCUAUCCACGGUUUCUGGUUUGGGUGUUUGACCCUCAGUCAGUGCAUGGCCCUAACUGUAAACCUUUGACUUGACAAACGGUUGCAUUGUUGGUCACUGGUGGUAGCGCUGUCUCUUUAACAACAGACGUUUAAACGCCCCCGCCCCCGCCCCCACCGCCACCCCACACCCUUCAACAGUGUAGCCAUAGCCCGGGCCCUUGAUGAAUGGACAGCGAUCCUUAUCACUAUCACCAGUCAUGUCGCCCGCUAAGACAUCCAGAUUAACCUCGCAGACGUGUUCCCUUUCUUGUCGUUAUCGCCUGUCUCCUGUCAUCGUAGCAAGCUUCCCAGGAAUCAAACCCGGUAGAGGGAGGGAGCAUUUAGAAGUAAAUCUAUCAAAAUGUCAUCUUCACAUGCGCCACUCAGGGUUCCACCACUUAUCGCUGUUGGCCCACUGCCUUUUGCUAUUGAUUUUGUAACCGUCUUAAAUGGCACAUUGCUGUGUGCUGCUGGGGAACGCAACCUGUACUGUUGAGUCAGUGAGUGGGUGGCAAGCUGAUCCCAUCAGAUUGCAGGGGGAAAUUUUCCUGAUCUGUCUGAAUGGGCACAUCUGCGCUCAAACAGCAGUCAAUAACAUGCAUGUCUGGACAGGCAGUGGUUCAGAGGGGUGUGUGUGUGUGUUGAGGUCAAUUUAAAGACUGGAGCUGCGCCCCCCUGCUGCAAAGCCCUCAUUCUUCACCCCAAACUGCUCAUAACUAAUGCAGACACUUUUACAAGCAAUUACGUCGAAUUUGAGAUGGAUUCCAAAACGCAUACAUUGUGUUCCUAUUAAAUGACUACCUACAGUGAGGGAAAAAUGUAUUUGAUCCCCUGCUGAUUUUGUACGUUUGCCCACUGACGAAGACAUGAUCAGUCUAUAAUUUUUUUAUGGUAGGUUUAUUUGAACAGUGAGAGACAGAAUAACAUUUUAAAAAAUCCAGAAAAACGCAUGUCAAAAAUGUUAUAAAUUGAUUUGCAUUUUAAUGAGGGAAAUAAGUAUUUGACCCCUCUGCAAAACAUGACUUAGUACUUGGUGGCAAAACCCUUGUUGGCAAUCACAGAGGUCAGACGUUUCUUGUAGUUGGCCACCAGGUUUGCACACAUCUCAGGAGGGAUUUUGUUCCACUCCUCUUUGCAGAUCUUCUCCAAGUCAUUAAGGUUUCGAGGCUGAUGUUUGGCAACUUGAACCUUCAGCUCCCUCCACAGAUUUUCUAUGGGAUUAAGGUCUGGAGACUGGCUAGGCCACUCCAGGACCUUAAUGUGCUUCUUCUUGAGCCACUCCUUUGUUGCCUUGGCCGUGUGUUUUGGGUCGUUGUCAUGCUGGAAUAUCCAUCCACGACCCAUUUUCAAUGCCCUGGCUGAGGGAAGGAGGUUCUCACCCAAGAUUUGAUGGUACAUGGCCCCGUCCAUCGUCCCUUUGAUGCGGUGAAGUUGUCCUGUCCCCUUAGCAGAAAAACACCCCCAAAGCAUAAUGUUUCCACCUCCAUGUUUGACGGUGGGGAUGGUGUUCUUGGGGUCAUAGGCAGCAUUCCUCCUCCAAACACGGCGAGUUGAGUUGAUGCCAAAGAGCUCGAUUUUGGUCUCAUCUGACCACAACACUUUCACCCAGUUCUCCUCUGAAUCAUUCAGAUGUUCAUUGGCAAACUUCAGACGGCCCUGUAUAUGUGCUUUCUUGAGCAGGGGGACCUUGCGGGCGCUGCAGGAUUUCAGUCCUUCACGGCGUAGUGUGUUACCAAUUGUUUUCUUGGUAACUAUGGUCCCAGCUGCCUUGAGAUCAUUGACAAGAUCCUCCCGUGUAGUUCUGGGCUGAUUCCUCACCAGUCUCAUGAUCAUUGCAACUCCACGAGGUGAGAUCUUGCAUGGAGCCCCAGGCCGAGGGAGAUUGACAGUUAUUUUGUGUUUCAUCCAUUUGCGAAUAAUCGCAUCAACUGUUGUCACCUUCUCACCAAGCUGCUUGGCGAUGGUCUUGUAGCCCAUUCCAGCCUUGUGUAGGUCUACAAUCUUGUCACUGACAUCCUUGGAGAGCUCUAUGGUCUUGGCCAUGGUGGAGAGUUUGGAAUCUGAUUGAUUGAUUGCUUCUGUGGACAGGUGUCUUUUAUACAGUUAACAAGCUGAGAUUAGGAGCACUCCCUUUAAGAGUGUGCUCCUAAUCUCAGCUCGUUACCUGUAUAAAAGACACCUGGGAGCCAGAUAUCUUUCUGAUUGAGAGGGGGUCAAAUACUUAUUUCCCUCAUUAAAAUGCAAAUCAAUUUAUAAAAAUUUUUGACAUGUGUUUUUCUGGAUUUUUUUGUUGUUAUUCUGUCUCUCACUGUUCAAAUAAACCUACCAUUAAAAUUAUAGACUGAUCAUUUCUUUGUCAGUGGGCAAACGUGCAAAAUCAGCAGGGGAUCAAAUACUUUUUUCCCUCACUGUAUUUCUCCUCUUUGCUCUCUUUCUAGUUCUUCCCCCCUCCCCCACAAUCUCUCUCCCUCUCUAAAUAUCUCUAUCCCCCUCUUCAUAUCCCCUCUUCAAAUUCGGUGGUCCUCUGUAGCUCAAUUGGUAGAGCAUGUCGCUUGUAACGCCAGGGUAGUGGGUUCGAUCCCCGGGACCACCCAUACGUAAAAAUGUAUGCGCACAUGACUGUAAGUCGCUUUGGAUAAAAGCGUCUGCUAAAUGGCAUAUUAUUUAUUAUUAUUAUAUCCAUCCCUCUUAUUAUUAUAUCCAUUUAUAUAUAUCCUUCCCUCUAUCCUCCCUUAGUAGAUAUCCUUCCCGCUUAUAUAUACCUUCCCUCUGCCCUAUUAUGAUAACCGUCCCCUAGUAUUAUAUCCUUCCCUCUUAUUAUUAUAUCCUUCCCUCUUAUUAUAACUCCCUCUUAUAUAUAUCCAUCCCUCGUAUUAUUAAUCCUCCCCUGUAGUAUUAUCCUUCCCUCUUAUUAUUAUAUCCAUCCCUCUUAUUAUUAUAUCCAUCCCUCUUAUUAUUAUAUCCAUCCCUCUUAUUAUUAUAUCCAUCCCUCUUAUUAUUAUAUCCAUCCCUCUCUUUCACUGUGUUUGUGUCUCUCUGCGCUUUCUCUAUUUCUGUCUCUGAGUGAGGAACUGAUCGUUUGGAGCUUGGUGCUCAGUCAGUAGCAGGGCAAGACGAGCUGCUGCCGUCGGCAGGAAGCCCGGGACGAGAGCGAGGCGAGACGUGCAGUUUAGGAAAUACGUCCUCAGUCUGGUUUCUCUGCAUUUCACAGCAAGGGCACACUUGGCAGUCAGGGCAGGGAUGAUGUAAAAGUUUGCACUGUAGUUCUACUCUGUGUUAAAGCGGGGUAGUGAGUGUAGAUGAAUGUGCACACACUGUAGCUCUGCACUCUUGUCUAUUGUGCUUGUUUGGACGGAUUUCAAGGAGUUGGUCUGGCAGCAAGCCCCAAACCUGUCUGCCCAGGGGAGAAGUUUAACAGAAGUUUAAUAGAAUCAUGUUGGGGAGAAAUGUAAUGUGGUUCUUAUGUGCCGUAGCUACUAGUUCUGUUCUGUUUCAAUCAUUUAAGUUUUCAAUAACUGAACCCACAACUCACGGUUCAGUGAGCCCAAAUCCCCAUCAAUGUCCGUUCUUGUAUAUGUGGAGAGUUUGAUAUGUGGUUUGAAUGGUAGAAAAUGUGGAUUGACUCAAGGGUUCUCAGAGGGCGGUUUAAGACUGUGUAGAGUGGUUAACUUAAAUCCACUUUCUUUGUUUCUGGCUGUUUGACAUUAAGUGACUGUUGCCUUCUACUGUGCGUAUUACUCUGGCCAAUGUGUUUUUUACAAGCAUUGUAACAUACUAGAGCCAGGCACAGGCAUGAAUUUUAAGCCCAAGCCCUACCCAUGCCCACGAUGUUCAGGACCUACCCUACCCUACCUAUGCCCAAUUGCUUCUGCCAAAUUGAAAGGAAAACUCCACCCAAAAACAAACUUUUGGCAUUUGUUUCAUCAGUCCAUUGUUGAUAUAGUCCCAAAAUGUUUUGCAUUUCAGCAAUUAAGUUAAGAUAUAUAACUUUUCAAAAUACAGAAAUUCAGCUGGGAUGAUGUAUUUUGCUGUCCCCCGCUCCCUCCCUGUGCUGCAUGUUCAUGGCUCUGUAUGUGAGUAACCAUAGCAGCUGCUCCUCUUUGGGGCUUCUCUGCUCAAUGACGAGGCAUGAGAGAGCAGUUUGCUGUUAGCUAGCUACUUUUCGUCACUCUAAACUCCGACAAAACUCAAGAAACGUUAUUAUUUUUGGUGAAAUAAUCUCUUCUGUCGAAUGAGACAAUGUUCUGGUGUUAUAUUUGACGAGGUUGAAGCACUUCUGACACCAUGAUCUCAGUAAGAUAUGGCUGUACUGCGCAGCAGAGCAGAAGCAAAUGGCUUAGCUUCAAAAUGUUAGUAAUCAAUUUGGUGAUACCCAAGCCCUGCCCUUAGCCUAGUUAUUGAUGAAGAAACAGGCCCUAGCCGGCCCUAACCCGAUGUAUAAUGUCGGGGCCCGUCGGGCUCGGGUCAGGUAGCAGAGCUCUAUGACAUACUGAACCAUAUGCCUUCUAGUUAGAUUUGCGUUCUUUAGUAAAUCACCUAUGGGUUUCGUUCUUGUUAAAUAAGUUGAAUUGAUUUUGCCCAAAUGUUAGGGUUUUUGCUCAGAUGUCUAGAUGUUGUGGUGAUGAGGUGGUCUAGUAACUGUAGAUCUAUAGCUCUAUAUAGCAAAUGCCCUGACUACCACCAUUAUACCCAUUGAGUAGAAUAAAACUGCACCUAGACACUGAUCUAGUGUCAGUUUUGAGUUUUCCCCCAUAAUGUUUAAGCUUUGAAUUUGGGGAGUGUAAGCUGAUCCUAGACCUGUGCCUAGGGGUUAUCUCCCCUCAUCCAUGUGGCAGUCUAGGGGUCUGACACUUAUCUUAUCUGUCGCCACUUGUUUUCCAACAGAGAACCCAGGCCAGAACCUGAACAGAGUGUUUCAGGAGGUUCCGAAGCGAAGAACCGGCUCCGAAGGCUCCUCGAGGGCAGGUCUGUUCUUUGCCUUCACUAUCGUGGUUGGUUUAGUGUUUUGGUCGGCUUUUAUGUUGUCCAAUUUGUUGUGUCAGUUAGCCAUUGUCAAAGUCACUCUACCACUUCUGGCCUGGAGUCUGGUUGAAAAUACAGGGAGGAGGCUGAUACAGGGUCAGAUAUGUUUCUUCCUCAUUAAAGGGUUGUUUUUUAUCUGGUCCUAGAUCGGUGGUUAAGGGCAACCUCAGGCGGAAAAGGGGGGGCAGGAUAAGGCAAACGAGGAGGGGGGUAUAAAGGCACCCUUUCAACCCAUAGGGUGCGUCUUAAAACAUAGUCUAAACAUCCAGUCCCAACCAGCCCACGCAAUCUCUCUCCCAGUCUGACAUCAGGGCGAAACCUCACACAUAUAAUUUAGCUUUUAAAAAGCUAUUUUAUAUGCUGUAUUAUGUACUUUCCCCAAACCCAUGCAGUGUUUCAUGCCUUAUGAAAAUGGCCUAGGGUGUGGUGCUUACAUGCUGUUUGGCACAUCGGUAGGCCGCAAACACAAACAUUUUCAAACCUUUUUAUUUUUACAGGCGGUGGUGGCCUCAACAAAACUGUGAAACUUUAAAAACAGAGGUUACAUCACGUCCCCAUGACCCGGCAGCUGUACCCAAACACCACCAUGACUGUGCAUGUGUGUGUGUCUCUGUGUAUGCGUAUGAGUGAGAGCGUGCUGGGUCUUACUGGUGUCACUGGUGGGCCACCAUGUCUCCACUCCGGGAGGAGCGCUUACAGAGUCACCCGCCCUUGCCCGGGUCAGACCCCUUUUUUGUCAAUAAUUACUUCCAGUUCACCCCCCGUAGCCAGCUGCUCCCUCACUCACACACAUGAGCGAGCACGACCUUGCCCAAUUACUCCGACCACUUAUUCAGGACAAAUGAGAGAGAGGAGAGGAAGCCGAAAGCUUGGGAGCCGCGUAUGUCAGGCCCCUCCAUGUUUAGCUCCAAACAGCAAUUAGCCUUCCCUCCUGAAGCCCGUCCAAAACACAAGGUCUUAUUUUUCUUAUGGAGCUUGUCCAAAGUCUGGUUCCCAUUGUUGCGGAGAGAGUUGCUGUCUGGCUGCUGGAAGUGUUCUGUUCUGUUCAGCGCUCAUGAGGAACAUGUGUAGCCUUGGCCACUUGUGUUAACAGGAUUGAGCUGUGUUGUAAAGGGAGCCCCAGGGGAGUACUGCAGGCCAGGGGGGCCGUAGCAGUUUAUCGGAACGCACUGAAGGAGAAGGCUAGAAACGUCACCUUGGGUUCCUUUUAGACAGGAGACAGUGGGCUCACAGCUUGUCUGUAUUUACUGUUUUACUGGAUAUUUAUAGGAAAGUAGCACUUUUUUAGAUUGGGUAUGUUAUGACUGUGCAUCUGUGACAUAUUGUAGUCAAAUACUAGCAACAUUUAUUAAUUACCCCAACUUUCUAUCACCCCCAUUGCCUCCCGCCGUCCCUCCCUUUGGUACGGUCCAUUGACCCCUGACCUUUGUUGCCCAUCCCUAGGUAACAUCACCACGCGGAUCCGUACUCCGGAGAGUGGCUCAGACGAGGCCAUCAAGUCCAUCCUGGAGCAGGCCAAGAGAGAACUGCAGGUCCAGAAGGCUGGUGAGUGACUCCUCUCUUUGCUCUCUGUCUGAUGCACACUACUAUACACCAAGGUCUGGUUUUAAUUUCCAAUUGAUUCCCUGUAUUGACAGAGCUAAAAUAAAUUGACCUCAACCCGACCUCAACCCAACUUCAACCCUGCUGUAUACAGUGGGGGAAAAAAGUAUUUAGUCAGCCACCAAUUGUGCAAGUUCUCCCACUUAAAAAGAUGAGAGAGGCCUGUAAUUUUCAUCAUAGGUACACGUCAACUAUGACAGACAAAUUGAGAUUUUUUUUCUCCAGAAAAUCACAUUGUAGGAUUUGUUAUGAAUUUAUUUGCAAAUUAUGGUGGAAAAUAAGUAUUUGGUCACCUACAAACAAGCAAGAUUACUGGCUCUCACAGACCUGUAACUUCUUCUUUAAGAGGCUCCUCUGUCCUCCACUCGUUACCUGUAUUAAUGGCACCUGUUUGAACUUGUUAUCAGUAUAAAAGACACCUGUCCACAACCUCAAACAGUCACACUCCAAACUCCACUAUGGCCAAGACCAAAGAGCUGUCAAAGGACACCAGAAACAAAAUUGUAGACCUGCACCAGGCUGGGAAGACUGAAUCUGCAAUAGGUAAGCAGCUUGGUUUGAAGAAAUCAACUGUGGGAGCAAUUAUUAAGAAAUGGAAGACAUACAAGACCACUGAUAAUCUCCCUCGAUCUGGGGCUCCACGCAAGAUCUCACCCCGUGGGGUCAAAAUGAUCACAAGAACGGUGAGCAAAAAUCCCAGAACCACACGGGGGGACCUAGUGAAUGACCUGCAGAGAGCUGGGACCAAAGUAACAAAGCCUACCAUCAGUAACACACUACGCCGUCAGAGACUCAAAUCCUGCAGUGCCAAACGUGUCCCCCUGCUUAAGCCAGUACAUGUCCAGCCCGUUUGAAGUUUGCUAGAGUGCAUUUGGAUGAUCCAGAAGAGGAUUGGGAGAAUGUCAUAUGGUCAGAUGAAACCAAAAUAUAACUUUUUGGUAAAAACUCAACUCGUCGUGUUUGGAGGACAAAGAAUGCUGAGUUGCAUCCAAAGAACACCAUACCUACUGUGAAGCAUGGGGGUGGAAACAUCAUGCUUUGGGGCUGUUUUUCUGCAAAGGGACCAGGACGACUGAUCCGUAUAAAGGAAAGAAUGAAUGGGGCCAUGUAUCGUGAGAUUUUGAGUGAAAACUUCCUUCCAUCAGCAAGGGCAUUGAAGAUGAAACGUGGCUGGGUCUUUCAGUAUGACAAUGAUCCCAAACACACUGCCCGGGCAACGAAGGAGUGGCUUCGUAAGAAGCAUUUCAAGGUCCUGGAGUGGCCUAGCCAGUCUCCAGAUCUCAACCCCAUAGAAAAUCUUUGGAGGGAGUUGAAAGUCCGUGUUGCCCAGCGACAGCCCCAAAACAUCACUGCUCUAGAGGAGAUCUGCAUGGAGGAAUGGGCCAAAAUACCAGCAACAGUGUGUGAAAACCUUGUGAAGACUUACAGAAAACGUUUGACCUGUGUCAUUGCCAACAAAGGGUAUAUAACAAAGUAUUGAGAAACUUUUGUUAUUGACCAAAUACUUAUUUUCCAGGCCUCUCUCAUCUUUUUAAGUGGGAGAACUUGCACAAUUGGUGGCUGACUAAAUACUUUUUCCCCCCGCUGUAGUUGAGUCUGAUUCUUCUUGUCUGACCCCCAACCCUCAUAUUACACUGCAUGCCCCUUAUAAGUAAAUUAUAGGGAUGGUGGGUAUUGAAGGGAUGAAGGUACUUCCUAGUGUGUUGACCUCAUACUGUAAAGUGGAUGAACAUACAUUAGGAUGUGAUGUGGUUGGAUCAAGCUUUCCCAAUUGUAUCUAAUGGGUCCUACAUUUAUCCCUAAAUUGCCAAUGCCAUAACUAAUGUCAAACAGUGCUAGUGACUACCCAAUACACCGCCAUUAGAAUGUCUAAGAGAUGUCCCUCGUGCUAACCCCCUUUUGACACCGUGCCACCCACUACAGAUGGUGUGGAGGACAGACAGCGACGACAGACAGGUUACCCCCGAGGCAUGGGCAACUAUUUCGCAAAAUAUGCACAAAGUCUCAGACUCGGUGAGGAAUGGAUUUAACCUUACACACUGUGUGGCCCCACAUCGAGAAUAUACAAACCAAAUACAGACUACAAGACUGUUGUGCCUUCUAUUUCUGUAAGGGAUGUAGAAAACAUUUCCUUGAUCAUGUCUUAAAUCUAAGGGAUAUGGUUCUACUAUGGAGCAUUUAUUUUAGCCUCAAAUGCAAUGUUAAGAAAUCACUUCUUGUAAGAUGAUACAUUUCCCUUUUGUUUAGAACUUCAGGUAUCAAACAGAAAAUCCAAAACCUUACAGAAUUCUCCUCCACUUCAAAUAGCACUGUACUGUGCCUUCGGAAAGUAUUCAGACCCCUUGACUUUUUCAACAUUUUGUUACGUUACAGCCUUAUUCUAAAUUUGAUUUAAAAAAUAAUAAUCCUCAGCAAUCUACACACAAUACCCCAUAAUGACAAAGCGAAAACAGGUUUUUAGACGUUUUUGCAAAUGUAUUACAAAUUAAGUAUUCAGACCCUUUGCUAUGAGACUCGAAAUUGAGCUCUGGUGCAUUCUGUUUCCAUUGAUCAUCCUUGAGAUGUUUCUACAACUCGAUUGGAGUCCACCUGUGGUAAAUUCAAUUGAUUGGACAUGAUUUGGAAAGGCACACAGCUGUCUAUAUAAGGUCCCACAGUUGACAGUGCAUGUCAGAGCAAAAACCAAGCCAUGAGGUCGAAGGAAUUGUCCGCAGAGCUCCGAGACAGGAUUGUGUCAAUGCGCAGAUCUGGGGAAGGGUACCAAAAAAUGUCUGCAGCAUUGAAGGUCCCCAAGAACACAGUGGCCUCCAUCAUUCUUAAAUGGAAGAAGUUUGGAACCACCAAGACUCUUCCUAGAGCUGGCCGCCCGGCCAAACUGAGCAAUCGGGGGAGAAGGGCUUUGGUCAGGGAGGUAACCAAGAACCCGAUGGUCACUCUGACAGAGCUCUAGAGUUCCUCUUUGGAGAUGGGAGAACCUUCCAGAAGGACAACCAUCUCUGCAGCACUCCACCAAUCAGGCCUUUAUGGUAGAGUGGGCAGACGGAAGCCACUCCUCAGUAAAAGGCACAUGACAGCCUGCUUGGAGUUUGCCAAAAGGCACCUAAAUGACUCUCAGACCAUGAGAAACAAGAUUCUCUGCUCUGAUGAAACCAAGAUUGAACUCUUUGACAUGAAUGCCAAGCGUCACGUCUGGAGGAAAACUGGCACCAUCCCCACGGUGAAGCAUGGUGGUGCUAGAAUCAUGCUGUGGGCAUGUUUUUCAGCGGCAGGGACUGGGAGACUAGUCAGGAUCGAGGCAAAGAUGAACGGAGCAAAGUACAGAGAGAUCAUUGAUGAAAAUCUGCUCCAGAGCUCUCAGGACCUCAGACUGGGGUGAAGGUUCUCCUUCCAACAGGACAACGACCCUAAGCACACAGCCAAGACAACGCAGGAGUGGCUUCGGGAUAAGUCUCUGAAUGUCCUUGAGUGGCCUAGCCAGAGCCCUGACUUAAACCUGAUCAAACAUCUCUGGAGAGACCUGAAAAUAGCUGUGCAGCAACGCUCCCCAUCAACCUGACAGAGCUUGAGAGGAUCUGCAGAGAAGAAUGAGAAACUCCCCAAAUUCAGGUGUGCCAAGCUGGUAGCGUCAUAUCCAUUAUUAUUUUGUAUAUAGAUUGAUGACGGGGAAAAAACAAUUUAAUCAAUUUUAGAAUAAGGCUGUAAAGUAACAACAUUUGGAAAAAGUCAAGGGGUCUGAAUACUUUCCGAAGGCACUGUAUACGUGGGCCAUGAAGCAUCAUCUGAGGUUGAGUGUGGAUGACAUUCGUAGCGUUGUCUGAUGAUGUCUGUCUAUCCUCUCUGUCGGUCUCUCUCCCUGCAGUGGACUCGUCUCAACCCCCUCCCUCGUCCAGCAUUGGUGGUGGUGGUAGUAUCGGCUCAGGUGGAUCCUCCAGCUCAGACGAGACCAUCCGCUCCAUCCUAGAGCAGGCGAGGAGGGAGAUGGAGGCCCAGCAGGCCGCCCUGGAGCCCAUCCUCAAGCCCUCCUCCAUGGGCCCCUCUGACCUGGCCCUGCUCUCCCCCAAACUCCUGGGCGCUUCCACUCUCCCGGCCUCCUACUCACCCCUGGCCCUCUCCCUCAAGAAGCCCUCCAUCCCCCCAUCCUCCUCACCCUCCUCCCUCCUGGACUUCCACUCUACCAUAGUGAAGAAGGAGGCAGGAGAGGUGGCGGUGGGAGAAGGCGGGGGAGGAGGAGGGUCUCUAAUGGACGGAGGGACCAAGCAGGGGCGGGGCUCCUGGAGGGACCAAUGGUGGAAUAGUAUGCACCCCGGGGGGCGGGGAGUCACGUCUAGCAUGAACGACGACGCACGGAGUCAGGAGGACAGCAAGGAGGUACAGUACAGUUAAUACCUUACACACUCUGCCUUCAUGACCUCUCACCUCUGAACCAUGGUGGUCGGGCCACAAUUAGGGCUGUUACGGUCAUCGUAUUACCGCCACACCGGCAGUCACGAGUCAUGACCGCAGUCAAAUUCCACGUGACUGUAACUAGGAUUCUCCAAAACUGCAAUCUGGUACUGCUGAUGGUCAUUAGUAGUCUACCAAACUUGCUAACAGCCAUUCACUAAUGGCCUGGUACUCAGCGCUCUAUUGUCCCUCUAAUCACUCUGACAUCAAUCCAAAUGCUUUCUAUAGGCUAGGCCUACUAUAUUUAUUUAUCAACUUUCCUAAUAUUAAGCACAUUGCUUCGCUUUACAACCAGAGUAGCCUACCUGGCUGGCAUGAAAAUGAACCUCGGGAAAAGCGUCCUCCAUUCACUAUUCUAUAAUGGCCCAUUCUAAAUCAAAACGAAUUUUACACAUGUAUUAUUUAGUAUAUGACAAGAUUUAAAUUGAGAAUAGUCUGGUGAGAAUAGUAUCACUUGUGAAUGAUGCCAGCGUGUGCAGUCUAAGGCAAGAAACAGCGCAUGUAUUUUUUGGCGACUUCUUCAAAUCAUAGUUGCAUGCACAUGUAGCUUAGCCUAUAGACCUGUAUGUUUUGAUAAGGUUUGUAUCGCAACUAAAGUGGCCAAAUAACUUUUCAACGUAGCCUAUAGGCCUAGGACCCCUGGAACAGGGUUGGAGAGCCCAUAGCCUACAGAGACAAGUGAAACACAUGUUCUUAUAAGCCCAGUCAUUGCACAAUGGCUUGUGAAAACAGAGUUUUGACUGGCCACUAUUUAAAAGAUGAUCCCAGCUUUCUGGUGCUGCUAUAUUUAUAAAAAAUAAAAAUAAAUGUAAGCACAUUAAUCCGCUUUACAACCGGUGUAGCCUACCUGGCAUAUUAAAAACAACCGCAGUAAGCACUUCCUCCAUUCGCUAUUCGAGUACAGGCUACAAUUACGUAUUUUUUGUUGUUGGCCAUUCUACACUAAAUAAAAAAAUAUUUCCACACAUAUAUUAGUAGGCUAUAUGUAAAGACCACAUUACAUUGAGAAUAGUCGUCUGGGUGAGAAUAUUAUGAAGUGCUUGUCACAUUGUGAAUGAGAGACUGAUGAAGUGUGUUCAGCCUGUGCAAGAAACAGAGCAACUUUUUUCAAAUCAUCAUUCGUUGCAUCAUGCAGCCUUAGAAUGAAUUAGAAAUCAAAACAUUUAGCCUAAGGUUUGUAUAACAACUAAAGUUGCAUAAAUAAAUAAAUAAAGCAUAUAGGAGGACCUGUUUCAAAGUAUCACUUUGUUAACCGCUCAACACAGAAUAGCCGCAUGUGUGCUCUCCCUCAAUCGUAUCCUUUCUAUUUUAUUCAGCUAUGUUCAAUUGUAUUCUUCUUAGUAUAAAAUAAUGCCACAGAAUUAUAACCAAAUCUUGUAUGCAAAAUGAACUAGUGUAGCCCACAGCCAUACGGCAUAGCCAAAUCAGGGCCUAACAUAGAAUAUGCUAUUCUGUUCUUCUGAAAUAGGCUUAAUUUUCUUCAUAUCAUAAUGUUUCUUUAGACCUGUCUAAUAUAAAUAAUGAAUUUAUUGUGACGGUGUAGGCUAUAUUCAAUGGAUUUAUUAUACUUUUUUCAAUGUAGAUGUUCCAAAGGCCCGCAUCAGUGGCCGGAGAUCCCCAAGAACUAAACGUGUUUUUGUUAAUUAACGGACCGGCAGUUAUUUGCAUGACAGUUACUGGCUGACAAAAUUUUGAAAUGUUCUGAGAAUGUGUCAUAUUCAAUGUGCAACUUCCAUCGCGAAUUUACUGUGAACACUGAGGCUGUACCCGCUUUAACUUACAGUUUUAACAGUGGCCAUGUAGGCUACUGUGGCUAUUUGAUCAUAAUGUAGCCCUACCAGAGUGGCCUACCACCAAAAACAAUGGAGAAAAUGCAUCCCAUAACAUUCUAACAUGGAAAUAGCUGUUCUAUCAUUCAGCCUACAGUAGCAGCCAAUGUGUGGUGUUCAAUGUAGGCCUACAUUCCAUGAUACUUUUGAGGGCUUGACAUUAACCUGUUUAUCCACUUGUCCUUCAGACAAGAAGGUGACUGAAAAUGUUGUUGUGUUGUUUGAUGCAAGAAACCACUUUACAAAAUAAAAUGCAUUAUUAUUCCCAUACCAUUAUUACAGAGAAUCAGACAAAUUGUUCUACCCUACUUAGUUUAUUCAAGCCUGUCUCAAAAUACAACACUGCCCCUUUAAGACAAAAAUAAAGCUCCUUACCUGAGUCGCUUUUCAAAGAUGUCUAUAAAUGUAUAAAUGUGCUCUUGUAGGAAGCAAUCCCUCCCCUAUUGCUGACUACAAUUGAUCUAUAACUGGGCUAAUAACUCACUAACUAGCAAAGGAUAUUAACAAAAUGUGCACACGUGGCUACGUGCAGCUGUCGCUUUGAUCUCAAAACAAGCGCAUCUACUCACGACCACUCAUGCUGUAAACACAGUCCAGUUCAAAGUAAAUGGCACAGAUCAAUAUAUGGCAAUGGUCUAUUUGCAUAUAGGCCUACUGCAGCUCUGAUUGUUUAUGCCACACCAGUUUGUGUAGAGUACGGGCUGAGUAGUGCGUGUCAAUGCAAUAGAAUCCUACUCCGAUGUGUUCUGCCUACAACAAAAUAUCUUGCAUAGUUUGUUUUGUUGCAUUGAAAGUGGCUAAUAUUGCGUUGAGUCAAUCACAAUUUCCACAGUAAAGGGAAACGUUGAUAGUGUUAACAGGGAAAACGCUAGAACAGUGGUCACCAACCUUUUCUGAGUCAAGAUCACUUUAAUUCAAAAUGCAAGCCGAGAUCUACCGCUCAGAUUUUCUUUUACUUGACUUAAAAAACGGAAGCCUAUGCAACAUUAACCAAUUAAAAACAGUACUGUAGCAAUUAGGUUUGUGCAGUAAGCUAUAGGCCCAAUACAUUAUCACCGCAUAUUGGGCUUUGCUUGAAUUGCCUUGCCAAUGCAUUGUUGUUCGGGCCAUUUUUUAAAAUUAUAUUUCAAAAGUUGAGGUAGGCUAUAUGAUCACACCGGUAAUAGAUCCGUUGUUGUAUUACUUGUGAAGCACAGCUAAGUGAGCACACAUUUCAAUAAUUAGCUUUUUAUUUUUAUUUUAUUGGGCUGAUGGUGCCUGAAUCUGAUGGUUGACACUGACCAAAAAGGGACACAGUCUUCCUGAUGAUGGCGAAACUCGAGUCGCACCGCAUUAUUUCUGCCUCAUGCACAAAUACAUGUUGUUACUCCUAUGAACAGAGAAAGUGAAAUAUUCCUUGAUAUUAAAAAAGACCCCAAAACAACAACACAAGCCUAUAGAUACACUUUCCUACUCAUUCAUUACUGCUGCAGUGCUUGUUGUAGCGUUGAGUGGAAAUAGGAAGAACGCGCAUUUUAUGGCUUAUAAAAGUGUUCAAUACAAAGUGUUGACAGUGCUGAGUAAGAACUUAAACAUGAACUCACUCAUAAAAACAGCAUCUCUUUGCUGUAUUCGUUGACAGUCUCUCUCUAAUCAUGGUUUUGAAAUCGCACAAUAUCAACUUUGCUGUAGCUUUCUUUUAUGUCUGCUACGUUACUGCAGACACGGUCAUCUGAGCCAUCUGAUUGGCCAGCGGUAGGCCGAUGGUGCACUUGAUUUGCUCCCUGGGCCAGCCGGGAAAGCAGAGUUUGUACCUUCAGACACAUGAAAUGGUUCAAAAUGGCAACAGUUCAUCUACCCGGCGCGCAGGGCAGCUGAAUCGUGUGCACCUACCGCCAAAAAUAGGAACACAAGGCUUUAUCGUUGGGUUUUUUAAAUAAAUGUUUGGUGAUCGACUAGGAAUGCCUUGGAGAUCGACCAGUCGAUCGCGAUUGACUGGUUGGUGACCACUACUCUAGAAAGUUGAGUGAAGUUCAAUCUUGUGCUUCUCUGUGGGCUGAUAUUUCUGCGCGGCAGUCCCGAGGGAGCUGCGCGCGCACGCACGCAGUUUAGAGCGAACAUUGGUCAAAUCACUAUCACUCAUUUCUACACUCAUGGCUAAUGCCCUCUGAUGGAACAUCUACAGUAUAUGCUGUUUGUCUGUUGUUUGCUACUUCUCCUUAAACUGCUGAGAUUUGUUACUCACUAUUGUAGUUUUUGUUGGUGGCCAUCACUCAAAUCAGCUUCUGUACACAGCCCUUGUGUACCUGUAAUUUGAAUGUAUUUGGAAGGUGAUAUUGGACAGUGUUAUAAUAGACCAUACCAAACAGAGGGCCAUUGUCUUUGUUCAUCUGUAACGUGCAGCUGCUCUACUCAGAACGAGGUGCUCGGUGUGUAUGUACAGUGGGGAGAACAAGUAUUUGAUACACUGCCGAUUUUGCAGGUUUUCCUACUUACAAAGCAUGUAGAGGUCUGUAAUUUUUAUCAUAGGUACACUUCAACUGUGAGAGACGGAAUCUAAAACAAAAAUCCAGAAAAUCACAUUGUAUGAUUUUUAAGUUAUUAAUUUGCAUUUUAUUGCAUGACAUAAGUAUUUGAUACAUCAGAAAAGCAGAACUUAAUAUUUGGUACAGAAACCUUUGUUUGCAAUUACAGAGAUCAUACGUUUCCUGUAGGUCUUGACCAGGUUUGCACACACUGCAGCAGGGAUUUUGGCCCACUCCUCCAUACAGACCUUCUCCAGAUCCUUCAGGUUUCGGGGCUGUCGCUGGGCAAUACGGACGUUCAGCUCCCUCCAAAGAUUUUCUAUUGGGUUCAGGUCUGGAGACAGGCUAGGCCACUCCAGGACCUUGAGAUGAGUCUUACGGAGCCACUCCUUAGUUUCCCUGGCUGUGUGUUUCAGGUCGUUGUCAUGCUGGAAGACCCAGCCACGACCCAUCUUCAAUGCUCAUACUGAGGGAAGGAGGUUGUUGGCCAAGAUCUCGCGAUACAUGGCCCCAUCCAUCCUCCCCUCAAUACGGUGCAGUCGUCCUGUCCCCUUUGCAGAAAAGCAUCCCCAAAGAAUGAUGUUUCCACCUCCAUGCUUCACGGUUGGGAUGGUGUUCUUGGGGUUGUACUCAUCCUUCUUCUUCCUCCAAACACGGCGAGUGGAGUUUAGACCAAAAAGCUCUAUUUUUGUCUCAUCAGACCACAAGACCUUCUCCCAUUCCUCCUCUGGAUCAUCCAGAUGGUCAUUGGCAAACUUCAGACGGGCCUGGACAUGCGCUGGUUUGAGCAGGGGGACCUUGCGUGCGCUGCAGGAUUUUUAUCCAUGACGGUGUAGUGUGUUACUAAUGGUUUUCUUUGAGACUGUGAUCCCAGCGCUCUUCAGGUCAUUGACCAGGUCCUGCCGUGUAGUUCUGGGCUGAUCCCUCACCUUCCUCAUGAUCAUUGAUGCCCCACGAGGUGAGAUCUUGCAUGGAGCCCCAGACCGAGGGUGAUUGACCGUCAUCUUGAACUUCUUCCAUUUUCUAAUAAUUGCGCCAACAGUUGUUGCCUUCUCACCAAGCUGCUUGCCUAUUGUCCUGUAGCCCAUCCCAGCCUUGUGCAGGUCUACAAUUUUAUCCCUGAUGUCCUUACACAGCUCUCUGGUCUUGGCCAUUGUGGAGAGAUUGGAGUCUGUUUGAUUGAGUGUGUGGACAGGUGUCUUUUAUACAGGUAACGAGUUCAAACAGGUGCAGUUAAUACAGGUAAUGAGUGGAGAACAGGAGGGCUUCUUAAAGAAAAACUAACAGGUCUGUGAGAGCCGGAAUUCUUACUAGUUGGUAGGUGAUCAAAUACUUAUGUCAUGCAAUAAAAUGCAAAUGAAUAACUUAAAAAUCAUACAAUGUGAUUUCCUGGAUUUUUGUUUUAGAUUCCGUCUCUCACAGUUGAAGUGUACCUAUGAUAAAAAUUACAGACCUCUACAUGCUUUGUAAGUAGGAAAACCUGCAGAAUCGGCAGCGUAUCAAAUACUUGUUCUCCCCACUGUAUGUGAGGUCCGUGUCGACACCGCAAACCGGUUUAGCAAUGCGGCGGAGACAUUCUGCUGUGCGUCUCCAACAGAUAUGGCAAACUAUCAACUUUCAGAGGCAGAACAUGGCCUAACCCAGCAACUUAUGGGAGUUAAGUUUCUUUGCUCCACAUACCCACUCUGGAUCCAGCCAAUGACAGUGGCUGUGUCCUAAUCCUUUAUAGGGGAAGAGGAACCACCUAUGUAUCCAUAGCUGGCCGAUAGUGUGAUGUUAGCGUUAGUGGUUAGCACCCUCCCUGCACAGUGACUGUGCCGUUAGCAAUUAGCCGUUUGCCUUUAGUGGCAGGCCCCAUCCCCACUCCCCCACCACCCCCACUGACUGUGCCUUUCUGUGUCUCCGCCAGAAGCCUCCCCGGCUGGCCGGCUCGUCCUCGGCGCUGGCCCCCUUCUCCUCCUCCGUCUCCAUCUCCUCCGUGGACUACUGGAAGGACUGGCCCCGGGCCGAGUCCCCGUACUCCCAGGCCGGCUCCGAGCCCGGCGGGUGCACCAACACCCAGGGGACCAGUCGCGCCGACACCCCCCAGAGCAGCCCCUCUCCCCUGCCUCUGUCCUUGAGCCUGGGGCCCCUGGGUUCCCUGUUGACUCCCGCAGCCAAACCAGCCAAGCCGGUGGUGGUGCCGCUCACGCCUGAGCAGUACGAGGUCUACAUGUACCAGGAGGUGGACACGGCCGAGCUCACGCAACAGGUCAAGGACAAGCUGGCCAAGAACGGCAUCUGCCAGCGCAUCUUUGGAGAGAAGGUGUGCAAGACACAGACCACCCUACGCCCUACCGUCCCAUACCCGUGUCCUUAUACUGCCUGAUAUACCCAUCCUGCGCCAGUGUAGUGUCAACUCACAUCUCCCCUGUAAUACUGCUCCCCUUCCCUCUCUCCCUUCCUGUCAUUUCCACUGAGUCACCCAGCUGCCCUCCACCCUUGGUCAGCACAGCUCAAAACUGUGUGUACUAUGCUAGCUCAGCCCCUCCGUUGGAGUGUGUUUGCUGAAUGAAUCCAUUCAUACGCGUGUAAAAAGAUUUGUGUGAAACGGUCACUAUUGACAUCACACAACAUAUGUGGUCCUCUAAGCUUCAGUACAGUACAGAGGGACCCUGCUCCUACACUGGCCAGCAGUUGUCACAUCCAUUUAGACACAUCUAAGCCUGUCUCUCUUAGCAGUCAUCUAGUUAAUGGCAUCACACAGUGAUGUAGCAUUGGGCCGCCAACCAGGAUUCCACCAACAAAAACUCUGUUAUACACCCUCUUUGGUACAAACUAAAGCAGAUGGUGUAAUGACGUACAGUACAGAUCUCAGGGGUUUGAAGGAAAAACUGCAUGAUCUCUGUGUGUUUGCAUAUGUGUUUGUACUUGUCUAUGUCUUGUACUUGUCUAUGUACUGUACAGUAAGGACCAUUGUUUUUGUUUGCUUACAGUAGCUAAUAUAAGGCUUCAUUCUGGCAUGCUUUCUGUGCAGUGUAAUUACACAUUGGAAUGUUGUUUUACUGUCAUUGUGAGCUCAGGUAUAUUUAAUUAUUUAUUGGCUGAUGUGUCUGUGUUUCUGUCUGUUUGUCAAUGUGUGUGUACGUGUUACAGGUGCUGGGCCUGUCUCAGGGCAGUGUGAGCGACAUGCUGUCCAGGCCCAAGCCCUGGAGCAAGCUGACCCAGAAGGGCCGGGAGCCCUUUAUCCGUAUGCAGCUGUGGCUCAAUGGAGAGCUGGGCCAGAAUGUCCUGCCCUUACAGGGCCAGCCACAAGGUAAACACACACACACACACACUGCUAGAAAGUACUGCACCUUCAUUACCAGCCACAAGGUAAACACACACACACACACUGCUAGAAAGUACUGCACCUUCAUUACCAGCCACAAGGUAAACACACACACACUCUGCUAGAAAGUACUGCACCUUCAUUACCAGCCACAAGGUAAACACACACACACACUGCUAGAAAGUACUGCACCUUCAUUACCAGCCACAAGGUAAACACACACACACACUGCUAGAAAGUACUGCACCUUCAUUACCAGCCACAAGGUAAACACACACACACUCUGCUAGAAAGUACUGCACCUUCAUUACCAGCCACAAGGUAAACACACACACACACUGCUAGAAAGUACUGCACCUUCAUUACCAGCCACAAGGUACACACACACACACACUGCUAGAAAGUACUGCACCUUCAUUACCAGCCACAAGGUACACACACACACACACUGCUAGAAAGUACUGCACCUUCAUUACCAGCCACAAGGUACACACACACACACACUGCUAGAAAGUACUGCACCUUCAUUACCAGCCACAAGGUAAACACACACACACUCUGCUAAAAAGUACUGCACCUUCAUUACCAGCCACAAGGUACACACACACACACACUGCUAGAAAGUACUGCACCUUCAUUACCAGCCACAAGGUAAACACACACACACUGCUAGAAAGUACUGCACCUUCAUUACCGACACAAGGUACACACACACUGCUAGAAAGUACUGCACCUUCAUUACCAGCCACAAGGUAAACACACACACACACUGCUAGAAAGUACUGCACCUUCAUUACCAGCCACAAGGUACACACACACACACACUGCUAGAAAGUACUGCACCUUCAUUACCAGCCACAAGGUACACACACACACACACUGCUAGAAAGUACUGCACCUUCAUUACCAGCCACAAGGUACACACACACACACUGCUAGAAAGUACUGCACCUUCAUUACCAGCCACAAGGUACACACACACACACACUGCUAGAAAGUACUGCACCUUCAUUACCAGCCACAAGGUACACACACACACACACUGCUAGAAAGUACUGCACCUUCAUUACCAGCCACAAGGUAAACACACACACACUGCUAGAAAGUACUGCACCUUCAUUACCGACACAAGGUACACACACACACACACACUGCUAGAAAGUACUGCACCUUCAUUACCAGCCACAAGGUAAACACACACACACACUGCUAGAAAGUACUGCACCUUCAUUACCAGCCACAAUGUACACACACACACACACUGCUAGAAAGUACUGCACCUUCAUUACCAGCCACAAG